GCUCGUACGAUGGAUGGUGGCGGCGGCACAAGGUGGGGUUUGUGCCUGACUCAGCGGUCUAGAACCCCGAGUUGAAGGGCACGUCUGAUUGGAUCCCGUCGGUCGUGACAUUCUUAGCUAUGACCUCAGGCUCGUGAACCUUUGUCGUGACAGCGCUCUCCACAUCCUCGAUAUCGCCAUAAUGGCCCCCCCUUCAACUAUGUGCGCGUCUUGCCUGCGAAUAGCGAUAAGGACAAAGAUACGGCGGCCGGCCGAUCCUAUCGCCGCCGCAGCUCAAUCCAUGCGAGCGUACAGCAGAGCAGCACCGCACGCCACUUCGCAAUCGCUGUUCCUCGACUUUCUGGCGCCUUCAUCUCCACGAAGAACUGCAACAUAUCUGCCAAUAAAAAGUUUAACAUUCUCACAACCACAACACAUACCACGACGAGCCCUCGCCACAUCAUCCGACGCCUCCACCGCAAAGCCCGCCCAUGCGAUCCAAAACCCACGCACCGACGACUCCGGCAAACCCAUGCUGAUCUCCAUAGCGCCCCGUGCAUCGAAUCGGCUUCAGAAGAUCUCUUUGGGCGACAACAACCCGAACCUUGCGUUGCGCGUAAGCAUCGAGAGCGGCGGAUGUCACGGCUUCCAGUACCUCAUGGACUUGACCGACUUAUCCAAGAACCCAGCGAACGAGGAAGAUACCAUAUUUGAGGGAGAGAAGGGAGAGAAGAUCGUUGUCGACGAGUCUAGUUUGGAGUUGUUGAAUGGAAGUACGGUGGAUUAUACCAUGGAGUUGAUAGGGAGCCAGUUCAAGAUCACCGGCAUACCCGGGGCGACGAGUAGUUGUGGGUGCGGGACAAGCUUUGACAUCAAGAUGUAAAUCAUACUCAGGCAUGUGAAAUUAUACAGGUCGGUGCUUUAGCUGGAACUGGCCUCACGAUACAAAUGUAGUAACGGUGCAUCUCCAUAGGUGGCCUACAUUGACCAUCUUAUGCACGCUCUUCAUGCAGCGAUCAUCCUUCAUACAAAUUAAGGAAACAAAAUACCCCGAGCUUCUUUUAGCUAUUCGAAAUGGCCGCUCUCAAGGGUUGGAUAUCAUCACAGCCUGUGAACCUUUCUCAACCGCUAAUAUUAUCGAGCGAUUGGUAUUACAGCACCACUCUUACGGUGUGGUGAUCGCUACUCGAAGCGUUUCCUUCUGUCUUAUCUUCUUCUCGUUGCCCAAUUUCUUAAACCUGAGGUAGCGCCAA